UCGUCAACGAAUCUAAUGUAGUUUUAUGAAUGACUUGCUGGGUCUAUCCUUGUUUCAAAGUCGAUGGGAAAACCAAAUAAAGAUGACAAUGAGUGACAGAUGUGGUGAAACAGCAGGCAACCAUGAUAACACCGCCAUAUUAGUGGUCGAGAACUAUCGAUAGCCUAUCGAUAGUUUAUACCAUCGAAUAUAAUCGAUAUUUCAUACUAUCGAUAGUUUCGAUAGUUACUGUCAACGUCAACUGUCAAGACUUUAACGUCAACUUCAAGAAAACGCCCAACAGUCAACGGAUUUUCUGCAAUUUGAUAUUCAUAUUCAAUUCACAUUUGAUAAAACAAUCAACAAUAAUAGACAUAAAGAUAUCGAAUUAAAAAACGUAUGUGAUUGUAUUUUCCGUUUCCGUCCCGAUUUCAAGACGAUUAUUCAGUGAGAAAUUCUGUGUCCGAAAUGGAUAAAUUUCUUCAAAGAGGAGAUUGCAAAAAGCACCAAAUCAAAAAAAAAGUUCUCGUUCACUAACUCUACUACACCCUUCCUUUGAUGUUCCAUGUUCAUCAUCAUCUUCUUCUGAUAGUUACAUAGUUAUCCCACCAACGUCAGUAAUUGAAAAAAAUGCUGGAACAAAGAGAAAAAAAUCAUCUGCAGUAUGGAAUUAUUUUAAAAGAUCCUCAGAUAAAAAGUUAGCCAAAUGCAUUACCUGCGGAAAAGAAUAUAAGACAAGUGGCAAUACAAGCAACUUGUCUGGUCAUCUGAAGAGAUUCCAUCCAGUCAUAAAUACGCAAGAUAGUGAAGAGGAAACAACAUUUGCCUCAGAAUCUAGUAGUACUGGUAGUUUCAGUAGGGGCAGUUCAACUUCCACAUCUGCUCAAUCCAGCCAAAGAUCAGUGAGUCCAUUUUUCAAACAAGCAAUGCUAUACAAUGAUCAAUCUUCUCAAAAGAAAAAGUUGGAUUUGGCUGUAGUUGACAUGAUUGCACUAGACCUUCAACCUUUUACGAUAGUUACAGAUGAGGGAUUUAAAAAAUUAGUUUCUUUAUUGGAUCCAAGAUAUGACCUACCCAGUACUUAUACACUUAGUGGAAAACUACUGAAUCAACGAUAUACUGACAUACGCAAUAAGCUAAAAGAAGAUAUGUCAGGUGUGGAAUAUGUAGCUUUAACAUGUGAUGGAUGGACCUCAAGAGCUACUGAGUCAUAUUUAACUAUAACAUGCCAUUUUGUGUCUAAUCAUCAGUUACAUGCUGUAGUGUUAUCUACAAAGCCAUUGACUAAUGGUAUUAAUCACACUUCAGAGAAUAUUGCUGCUUCUAUACAAGAAAUCAUUGAUGAAUGGGAAAUUGAUCACAAGAUAACUUCCAUUGUAACAGAUAAUGCAGCCAGUAUGAUCAAGGCUUGUGAAUUAUUGAAGAAAAAACAUUUCCCAUGCUAUGCUCAUAUGCUGAAUCUUGUUGUUCAGGACAAUAUGAAAUUGAUACAACCAAUUCUGAAGAAAUGCAAAGACAUUGUAACUUUUAUUAAACAGAGCACAAGUGCAAUGGAAAUAUUUAAAAAAGAACAAAAUAGUGAAAAGCCUUUGAAGCUUAUACAAGAGUGUCCCACACGUUGGAACAGUAGUUACUACAUGAUAGAGCGUAUUUUGAAAACCAACGAAGCAAUUGGUAGAACAUUGUUAAAAGUCAGGAAAGCUCCUCAACCUCUUUCUGUGGAUGAUGUUUGUGUUUUAACAGAAUUAGUAAAAGUAUUGGACAUUUUUGAGGAGGCAACAAAAAAAAUUUCAGGUUCCAAAUAUGUAACCAUAUCAUUAGUGAUUCCAGUUACUAUGGGACUCUAUAAUAAUGUGUGCAAAAUUUCAACAAAUAUGGAAACAGAGGAUGGAAAAAAAUUCAUCAAGGGGCUUAUUGACUCCAUUAUAACGAGAUUAUUUCCUUAUGAAAAUAGAACAGUGGCAAAAAUAGCUUCCUUGUUGGACCCCAGAUUUAAAAAAGAAGGCUUUCGCAUUCCUGCCAAUGCCUCUGCAGCCAUAAAUUUAUUAGAGUUUGAUAUGGUUUCCAUACUGAAAAAAAAGGAAGAAAAGAAAAAAACAAUUGAAAUUCAAAACCAAAAUGUAUCAUCUACUCCGGAAAAACCAGGCACAUCAUGUGCACUUUUUGCUUUUUUAGAAGAGAGGAUUGAUUCAAAGAUAAAGUCCUUAACUGCAGACGUGAUUAUCACCAAAAGACAAUAUUUAGAGACUAUAAACUCUGACCAGGAUACGGACCCUCUUUUAUAUUGGAAGAUUGCAGGACAUGGAUUAUCUCCUUUAGAGGAGUGUGCUGCCAAAUACUUGUGUAUCCCAGCAACUUCGGUGGAAUCAGAAAGAUGCUUCAGCACAACAGGGCAAAUAAUAACUGAACGACGAUCACGCUUAAAGGCAGAAAAUGUAGACAAGAUAACAUUUCUUCACAAAAACAUUAGGAACCAUUAG